AUGCUGUUAGAAGAGCAAAGGUUCUUACAUGAGGACCUCGAACGCCUCGAACAGGGCGUCGCAGAUCGAAUUGGCGAUGAACCUAAACAUAUACGAGACCGUCUAGCGAGAGACCAUCAAAUAGCACAGUUUCUUGAUCGUAUAUCGUCGCAAUCUACCAGACUCCUAACUAUCUAUCGCGAUGUGGAUGGAACGAGAUCACGCGAGGUCCAACAAAUUGGAAGUGGUGAUCCGAUGGAGGAAUUCUAUAAGCAGCUAUCCGAUAUCAAGAGGUUUCAUACCAAGUAUCCCAACGAACCCGUCGAGAAUCUUGAGCGCGCGUACCGACCUAAAAAAGGACCCGAUGCCGAAUCCGAACCCAGCAUUGUAGAUACUCUGUUUACAGGCGAGGAAGCAUUCGGCCGUUUCUUCGAUCUACAUAUCUGCCACGAGAUGUACCUUAAUCUCCCUAACGCGAAAAGAUUAAGUUAUCUCCAAUACCUGGACUCGUUUGAUAACUUCGCGCCUGGUGCUGGCGGGCUAAAGAGAUCCGAGAAGCUGACCGACCAAUACUUCAAAUACGUUAAUCAGCUCGCUCUAGAUCUUGAGGCUUUCAUGAGGAAGACGAGGCCGUUGGAAAAUAUCGACAAGGUGAUUACCGACUUCGAUAAAGAAUUUGAUUCUGCUUGGGAACAGGAUGAAAUUGCGGACUGGAAGGAAGAUGAGAACGGAAAGCCUAGCAGCGCUGCGGCGCAGGCAUCUGCAGCUGAAGCCGUAUGGUGCAGCGAUUGCGAGAGAGGGUUCAAGAAUGAGAACGUAUAUAAGGGCCAUCUUUCCGGCAAGAAACACGUCAGAGCAGCAGCGGAGCGCGCGCAGAGAUUACAAGGCGGGUCUAAAGAGGAUGGAAACGAGCUUCACGAUACCAGCAAUGGAAAUACAGCGAUUCAACGACUAAAAGAGCGCGCCAUCGCAGAAAGGGAAUUCCGAGUAAAGCGCCUCGCUAGUGCGAUGAGUACCGAACGAAGCGACACAAAGGUGAAUGUCGAACGAAAGCAAGGUAUGACAGAGCGUGAAAGACAACAGGAACUAGAAAAUCUGUUCAGCGCUACAGCGGCUGCGUCGAAUCCUAAAGACGCUGAGGAUGGAGAAGACAACGAUGACGAGGAUAAAAUCUACAAUCCGCUUAAGCUACCACUCGCCUGGGAUGGCAAGCCUAUUCCAUUUUGGCUGUACAAGCUUCACGGUCUCGGUGUCGAGUUCCCCUGCGAGAUCUGUGGUAACUUUGUGUAUAUGGGAAGGAGAGCUUUCGACAAGCACUUUAACGAGGCGCGUCAUAUCUACGGCCUGAAAUGUUUAGGAAUCACGAACACGAGCCUCUUCCGAGACAUUAUAGGAAUCGACGAGGCGCUAAGGUUAUGGGAGAAGAUACAAAAGGAAAAGCGCAAGGAUAAGGUAGAUGACGGGAGCGUGGUGCAGAUGGAAGAUGCCGAAGGUAAUGUCAUGCCCGAGAAGGUCUACUAUGAUUUGCAGAAGCAGGGUCUGUUGUAA